UUAAAACAUUCAUUCAUUCAUAGCAUUCUGCAAAUCAGAUCUCUCUCUGACGUGCGGGAUGGCAUAUGCUGCUCUUGAUUCACUCGCGGAAGAUCUAGACAUGAUCCUGGAUCAUCAAUCGUGUCUACGUUGUCUAAUUCUUUCCGAACGUAGUCUUGAACCUUGCAUUCUGUUUCAGAAGAAGCAACACAUUGAAAGGCUGCAUGAAAACAUUGUUUUCUUUUUAUAUUUUCUUGGGGAUUUCGCAAGAGAAGGUCACAUACUCAAAGCACGCAUCACAAAUGCAGCAAAUCAAGCAAAGAAUCUCUUUCACAACCUCAAUUCCUCCGAGCCUGGCCAGCUGCUGUGGACUGCAGCAGAUCGCAACAGGGAAACGUUUUGCCACGAAUUGGAAAAGUCAAUUGCAGAAACAGAUCUCAUCCGGCAAGAAGCGAUGCACAUCAAAAGUAGCAGGAAAGUUCAUACGCCAUCAACAGAGACGGGCGAUGGCGUGGUUGGGCUCAAAGAAGUCCUAUUGGAGAUAAAGAGUCGGCUAUGUCAAGGAUCAAAAGAGCUCAGAAUCAUCCCCAUUGUUGGGAUGGGAGGCAUUGGGAAGACCACUCUUGCGAGGUAUGCCUAUGACGACCCUUUAAGUGUUCAACACUUUGACAUUCGUGCUUGGCUCACAAUAUCCCAAAGUUAUAACAUAGAGACAAUUCUUCGCACUGCUUUGCGUUCCAUCAAGGAUGUGUUCGACAGUUGUGUUUCGUUUUGGGGUGAGGACGAUGAGUUAUUGAAAGACAAUGUAUAUAGAUACUUAAAAGGGAGGAGAUAUCUAAUCGUGAUGGAUGAUUUGUGGGAUACAAAUGUGUGGGAUGAGUUACGAAGGAUGUUUCCAGAUGAUCUUAAUGGGAGUAGAAUUAUUGUAACUACAAGGGAGUCAAAGGUUGCUUCUUACGCCGACUCUCUUGGCCAUCCUCACCAGAUGCAUUUGAUGAGUGUUGACCAAAGCUGGAUGUUACUUAAAGAGAGAGUGUUUGGAUGUGAAAGUUGCCCUCUCGAACUGGAGGAAAUUGGAGAGGUCAUAGCAGAAAAAUGUAGAGGGCUUCCACUUGCAGUUGUGGUAAUAGCUGGGGUUCUCUCUAAUAAUGGCAAUCAGAGGAAAGACUACUGGGAAAACAUUGCUAGGAAUGUAUCCAAAGUUGUUUACACAAAUGAUGAACAAUUCAAUGAGAUAUUGACUUUGAGUUAUGGGUUCUUGCCUAGUCCUCUAAGGCUUUGUUUUCUGUAUAUGGGGUGUUUCCCAGAAGAUUAUGAGAUCAAUGUGUCAAAACUCAUCAAAUUAUGGUUAGCAGAGGGUUUUCUUGCAUCAAAUGAAUCUCAAGACAUGGAAGAGUUGGGAUACGAGUAUUUGGAAGAAUUGGUUACAAGAAGUCUUGUCUUGAUCAAUAAAAUAGGAACCGAUGGCAGGAUUAGGACAGUGAAGAUCCAUGAUCUCUUGAGAGACCUCUGUUUGCGAAAAUGUGAGGACGAGAACUUUGCUUGCACCAUAAAUGAGUUUUCGGGCAGCUUUCCUCAAGGUAUUCAGAAUUCAAAUCGCCUUAGUGUAUUUUGUAACAUCUCUGGUAACAUUCCAAGCAUGGAAACCUCAACUAUGCAUACCAUCAUUCUUUUCAAGCACUGGGCUUUUGAUUCCUGGAAAAGUUUUAGACUUCUAUGCAUAUUUGAUGGAUUAAGUGUACCUAUAUGCCAAACAUCUAGCUCUGAUAUAUACAUUGGUGAGCUAAUUCACUUGAGAUACCUUGCUUUGACAUGUGAGUCUGUUAGACAGACGAUCAUACUCGUAUCUAACUCCUUAUACCAUCUUCAGAAUCUCCAGACCUUAAUCAUCAAAAUCAGAGCAUUUACCCGAGAUGUGGUUUCCAAAUUUGGUUAUGUGAUGGAAUCUUUUUAUAGUGACAUGUCUGAACAUCAGGAGUAUAUGGAAUUUGAAUUUUGGAGAAUGCCAAACUUGAGGCACCUCAUCUUGUUGGAUGGAUUCCUGCCUGAUCCCUCCACAAAGAGUUUCAAACAGAUUUAUAUGGAAAAUCUGCAAACACUCUGUCUCAUUAGAGAUUUUAAGUGCUCUGAGAGAUUUUUGGAAAUGCUACCAAACUUAAAGAAGUUGGGAGUUAUUUACUCAUACAAGAGCACAUAUGAAACAGGAUGGUCACAGUAUUGCUUGCUGAAUCUUGUUCGUCUAAAUAGGCUGGAAAAGUUAAACGUGUAUGCAGAGCCCUAUCCGACCGGGAAGGGUUAUGAUCUGUCUCGGAACAUUGCCUUCCCAUUGGCAUUGAAAAAGUUGAGCUUAAGUGGGUGCAGAUUUCCGUGGGAGGAUAUGGGAAUGAUUGGAUUGCUGCCUAAUCUUCAAGUGCUCAAACUGAAACGGCACGCCUGUGAUGGGCCCGAGUGGGAAACAAGUGACGGGGAAUUCUGUGAACUGAAAGUACUGCUAAUUGAUAGCACGGAUCUCGUUCAAUGGACGACAGAGAGUUGUCAUUUCCCCAAGCUUGAGCAGCUAACUCUGUUUGAAUGCAAUAACUUGAGGGAUAUCCCGUGUGAGAUUGGAGAGAUAGCAACGCUUCAGCUGAUCGAAGUUGACAUCAGGAACUCGUCUGUGGUGGAAUCUGCAGUACUUAUUAAAGAAGAGCAGGAAAGCUGUGGUAAUGAACUACAGGUCGGUUUACUCAGGUCACGCAGAUGGGAGAAAUACACUUCAUGGUACUAUAAUGAUUGAUUGCAUUGCUUUUAUGAUCCUUGUGUGCUUCAGUAUGUUGUGUAGGAGUAAUAAUUAUGAUAUGCUAGUUAGUAGUUGGUAUUGUAAUUUGUAAAUGUCCUAUUUUCCAAGUGAUUGAUUGAUACACAUGGAGGGCCACAGACUCCACUGCAGUCCAGCACCCCAGCUCAGCCUAUUACAGGUCCCAUUAGGCCUGACAUAACCACAAGCCCACAGCCUCUAUCCACUCCGAGCAGCUCACGACUCCUUAUGCCGGUUUUGUUUGUCGGUUCUUUCCCGAGUUGAAUUAAGAGUCGAACCGCAUAGUGUUUAAAUUUUCUAUAUAUAGGAGAUUUGUUUAGUUUCAAAA